CACGCCAAAAGAUGGUGGCGAGAGAGUAUUUUGGUGUGUGCAUGCGCUGUGUUCCCUAAAAGGAGAGUCUUUGGGGACAGAGGGAUUUGGCAGUGGCUUUAGUUCUUCUCCGAUUACAGAAGCGCACGGCCCCCGCAGAAUCUCGCAGCCAAGAAGGAAGACAUGGCAAACGACAAGUACGAGGAGGCUAUCGCGGAGCUGUCAAAGCUACUCAGCGACAAGUGCGAGCUCCAAGGCGUCGCCGCCGCGAAGGUCAAGCAGAUAACGGCGGAUCUGGCGGCUGCCGGCGACGGUUUUGACCCGGUCGAGAGGAUCAAAUCCGGGUUCGCUCACUUCAAGAAAGAGAAAUUCGAGAAGAAUCCUGCUUUGUAUGGCGAGCUUGCAAAGGGACAGAGUCCCAAGUUCAUGGUAUUUGCAUGCUCGGACUCGAGGGUGUGCCCGUCGCACAUCCUCGACUUCCAACCAGGAGAAGCAUUCGUGGUGCGGAACAUUGCCAACAUGGUACCUCCAUACGACCAGACCAAAUACUCCGGAGUGGGGGCGGCCAUUGAAUAUGCGGUCCUGCAUCUGAAGGUGGAGAACAUUGUGGUGAUCGGACAUAGCUGCUGUGGAGGAAUCAAGGGCCUCAUGUCCAUCCCAGAUGAUGGAGCCACUUCUAGUGAUUUCAUCGAACAUUGGGUUAAGAUAUGCUCGCCCGCCAAGACCAAGGUGAAAUCGGAUCACAGCAGCUUGAGCUUCGCGGAGCAAUGCGCUCACUGUGAGAAGGAGGCAGUGAACUUGUCGUUAGGCAACCUACUGACCUAUCCGUUCGUGAGGGAGGCUGCAGUGAAGAAAACAAUUGCAGUGAAGGGAGCGCAUUAUGAUUUCGUCAAGGGAACAUUCGAGCUCUGGGAUCUCGACUUCAAACUCUCGCCCGCUCUCUCUGCAUGAGCAGAAGAAGAAGAAGAAAUGGAUCGGAUAGGUCUCUAUGUAUAAUCUUCAUAAAUCUUUAUCCGAAGCUCAUUUCUGUAAGUUUUCUCUUUGGCGUGGACGGUGCAGAUGUCCUCAAAUCGACGAUGAACACAUAUACAUGUAGAUGCAAAAUCGACCGCGGCUUUCUCUCUUUCCUGAACUAAUCACGGCUUAAAACGAUGAGCCAGGGGUAUUUCAUGAAUAGAGAGGAGUCGGUGUUCUUUACCAA